UCAGAAACACAAGCAGAAAGGGAAGACGGAAAGAAAACAGGCUGCACUGUGCUGCUUCUUGUCUUUUUUUUACAACUGAACUAGAAAGGCAGAUUUAGCAGUGAGCUGAAACUGUGCUUGGCUUUUAAAGGCACAUGCAGCGUGUUAAGUAAUUGUUCCUUUGUACAUUUUUUGAAGGUGAGAGGGGCAAUAAAGAGACCUAACACCUAGUAGCCUAAAUGGCUUUACCUGAUACUGCACGUGGAUUACCUAAUGGAGGAGGCACUGGAGGAAAUUGUGCUGGAGGUAAAGCCAUGGAUAUUUUGUUCCCAGAGAUUGUGGAGCUAAAUGUUGGGGGCCAAGUUUAUGUAACCCGUCACACCACUCUUAUAGCAGUACCAGAAUCCCUUCUGUGGCGCAUGUUCUCCCAACAAAAGCCAGGGGAGUUAGCCAGAGACAGUAAGGGACGUUUCUUUCUAGACAGGGAUGGUUUUCUCUUUCGAUAUAUUUUGGAUUACUUGCGAGAUCUGCAGCUAGUACUCCCAGACUACUUUCCAGAAAGAAGCCGGCUUCAGAGAGAAGCUGAACAUUUUCAGUUGCCUGAACUUGUGAAACGUCUGAAUCCUUUGAGAGUCAGUAAGGACAGUUCAAUUGGGGGAGAAGAGCCCCCUCUGCUUCUCACCCCUGCAACCAUUCAAGAACCUGACUUAGACACAGCAGUCAUUCCAGUUUCAUCCUCCCCAGCAGCUGGUGUGCCCUCCCCAACCCUAGACCCAUACAGAUUCAACGCCGCCUCAUCUUGCAGCCCAGGCUCAGUACCACGCUUAACCCCUUCCCAAUCCUUGGAAGGCAGAAGAUCUGGCUACAUAACAGUUGGCUAUCGAGGGUCCUACACCAUAGGACGAGAGGCUCAAGCUGAUGCCAAGUUUCGGAGGGUUGCCCGCAUCACUGUCUGUGGCAAAACUUCCCUUGCCAAAGAAGUUUUUGGGGAAACCUUAAAUGAAAGCAGAGAUCCUGACAGGCCUCCUGAGAGGUACACGUCCAGGUACUAUCUGAAAUUUAACUUUCUGGAACAGGCUUUUGAUAAGCUGUCUGAAUCUGGCUUCCACAUGGUGGCAUGUAGCUCCACUGGAACUUGUGCUUUUGCCAGUAAUGACCAGAGUGAAGACAAAGUCUGGACCAGCUACACUGAAUAUGUCUUCUGCAGGGACUGAAACUGUGCCAUAGCUUGUGAGAUACACAAAGGAAAAAUGCCAACCUUUUACCAUUCUUUGUGACCUCAAUUUUUAAUGAAAAAAAAAAAAAAAGACUGCAAUACAAAUAAAGAAGCAACAGGGACUGCUAGGUCACAUUGUGAUAUAUUAACCUUAAAAUAAAUCCUUGGACUUCUGAGUAUGUGAAUACUUAAGUGCUUAUAAGUCAUAGUAAGUUUUUCCUUAGGGAUUAUUGUUUGUAUUACAUUUUAUAAUCCUACUAAAGAAAACUAUCAUUUUUUUAUGCAGGGAUAUGUGCUACAAAGUAAAUGAAUGUUAGCUUUUUAAUUCAAGGUUAUAUUUGCACAGAGAUUGCCAGUACACCUGUAGGGAGGUUGAAUAAGGCUAAUAAGAAUGUGUUUCAUAAAUGUAUCCAGAGAAAAAAAGCUUGCAGUGUCCUUUUUAAUAAAACAUGCUGUGUGCAGACAAAUAUAAAGCUGCACUACUGCAUCCAAAGUAAUUUAAUCUCCAAACAAAUAUGACUUCUUUUUCUGUACAAAGUUACCCAACUUCAAAUUAUUACCGGUAAUGCAAUAUUAUCUUCAGAAUACACUUGUUGCCAAUUAGCUUAGAACUAAAUCCAGUAUCACAGUUUCCUAAAUGAUAUAUCUGUGACAUUGUUUUCUGUCCAAUAUUAAAAAUACAAAUCAGAAUUUAAGUUUGUUACAGUCACACUGAGUUUCUUCAUUUACAGCAAAUUACAAAGUUACAUGUUCCUGGGCCCUUUUUAAACUGCUACCAUUUCCUCAGACAAAUAAUAUACAUAUAAAUGUAUGUAUAAAUUCAAAUGUCAUCAUUUUAAUUUAAAUGUAAAUGAACACAAACAUAUCAUUUUCUGUAGUGUUUUCUGUAGAAUUAUUUUGUUUUAAAACAAAUAUUACUUAGAAUAUGCUGUUAUAAUUUGGUAUUAUAGUUUCCAUGCACAUUACUUUUUUUCCAAAGAAUUAUUAGUAUCAAAAAAAUAAACUGAAAUGCACAAAUGUCUUAUUUAUAAUAUUGUUGUAAACAUAAAUGUUAGAAGAAUGAAGUAAGGAUUUGAAGAUUUGUAUAGACCUAACAUUCCCAUAAACUGGUGUGAACUUUACAAUAUAUAACAGUGUUUCUUGCCUUCUGAGAAUAGUUUACAGUAAAUACAAUAUUCCUGAAAUACAAUGUUGUUUUCCUGUAUUUACAAUAACAAGUAAAUUGAAUGAGAAACUUCUGAAAACCUAUUGGCAUAGAAAUAAGAUUUUGUUUGAAAGGUUCUACAGAGGACAAUAUACACAAAUGGCUAUUUUUUUUUAGAAAAGGCUGGAAUGGAAGCUUUUUAAAAUUCCCUUUUAUAUUCUUUAAAUUUAGCAAGUUGGAGUAAAAUAUCUCUCCAUUUAGCUUAGCUAGUAGCCCCCAAAGAAAUACACAGAAAUGGGAUAUUUAUCACAUUUGGUGAAAAGAGCAAAGAGUGAUAGAUAGCUGAUACAAUCUAUAGAAAAUAAACUGUGAUGCUGUAGGUCAUAACCUGACACUUAAAACUUUCAGCUUAUUAAUUGUUAUUUUUAUUAUCAAUUGCACAUUUGUAAAAAAUUCCAACAUACAUAACAUUUAUAUAAACAAUUAAAGACAUUAAUAUGAUAAUAAUAUAACCAAAGAUUCCCAUAGCAACAUGCAUUCAAUUAAAAUAUACUUUUUUUUUUCAAUAAUAUAAGAAUGAUGAUAAUUAAGUCAUGUACAAAGAAUAUACCAUAAGAUAUAGAAUAGCUAAAGAAGACUACAGUGUAUUGCUGAGUUUGUAUUACUUUGUGUGGUGAUACAGUUGUCUAAUAUUGUACUUUAUGGAAAUCCUUCUCCAUUCAAACCAUAGCUAUAUUUUUAUAAUUAAAUUCAGGCAAAAAUAAGUGUUCACAUAAGCAAUAAUGAUAGUAAUCCUCAGUAACAAGAAUCAGAACUAAAUAGCUUCAUUUUACCCAUUUUACUUUUUAAUUAGAGCAUUGUAAACAUGUUUUGUUAUGUCAAAUAAUAAUGCAGUGUGUGUUUGUUGUCACCAUUCAUUUAAUUAUGUUUAUUAUCUAUAUAAAGAGAAAGUCCCAGAAAAAAAACCCAGCCACCAUAAAUUUGUAAAGUUGUGUCCUCUUUACACAAUAAUAUAGAUCUAAUGACUAUCAGCCACACAUAAUCACACUUGUAAGCCUUGAAUCACUUUUCCAGUGACAGGCCAACAUUGUUCAUUGACUUUGUUGAAAGAUUCACCAAGAUUUCUUUUGAGCAAUAUUAAUACUUGUUAGUAAUUUUGCUUUCUCCAUUUUUGUGUGUGCGUGUGUCAGUUUGGAUUUCUUAACUUGUUUUAUUUCCUGUUAUGUAACAACUUGCUAAACCCUUUCACUGCUGUAGAGAGCUGAUACAAAAAUAUCAAAGCAAACAAUGGGUGAUAAUACAUUUAUUCUUUUAUCUUUUCAUUUAAUGUACCAUUAAUCUUGCUCUGUAAAUUGCAAUAUUAUUAUAUAAUGGAUGCUAGUAAUCUGAGUUACUAUUUCAAUCUAUUGUUACAUAUUAGUUUCUUUUUUUAUCAGAAAUUUAACUGCAAAAAUAAUUGUGUAGAUACACAAAAAGCAAAUUUUCCAUGUGUUAGUGCUCUGAUGUUAAGCAUAUUUAUCUAAAAACUGGCAAAAUACACAAAUAGGAUUCAGACAGUAUAGAAUUUUUAUUAUUAAGUGAGUUUUGGAGACCAUAUAUAUUUAAGAAGUAUCAGUCUUAAUUCUGUCUUAAUAGUUUUGUCAGCAUUAUCAAUAAAUGUUGAUUCUCAAAUGGGAAAAAAACUUAAACUCCUAAACUAUCUGGAUUUCUCAUAUGUGUAAUAAUAAUGCAUAUAAUUAGAAUCUCACAAACUAACAUUUUAUUUUUGUUCUGUUGCUAAUUUUAAUAAAGUAUCAAUACUUAGCAAA